GGUGACCCCUCGCGCUAACGCAGAACACCGGCCUUGCGAGCACCAGGUGGAGUUUGCGGUGUUUAGUGACUGUAGUUGACUGUGAAUAAUCUCAGCAGCGGCGGCGGCGAUGUUCCGGUGCAGAGCGGUGUGGGAUAAACUGGCCCCGGUGGCGCGAGCCUCCUCAACGCUGUGUCGACAAACCGGCAAAAGAGCGCUGUUGAGACAUGACCGCAGGCCGGCGCUCACGCCGCAGACCCACAUGUCAUCCGGUCCACAGGGAGGAGCUGGAGACAACGCCAUAUACUUCGUGCUGGUGGGGGCGACGUGUCUGGCGGGCGGAGCCUAUGCUUACCACACUGUCUCGAGAGACAGCGCGAGAUACUCUGAGCGAAUCUCACAAAUUGAGGGCAGGGCGAUAAAAACAACAGAACCAGAGGUCACAGCAGCAAAAGCAGGGAAAGAACCAAAAAAAGAAGACUCUACUCUAGAACCUUCUGUAAUAGAAGCUGCACAAGGAGCUUCUUCUCCAGAGCUUUUUGUGGAAGACCCUGCACUAGGACCUGCUGUACCAGAAGCUUGUACUCCCGAACCUGUUGUUAAAGACACUGCGCCGGAACCUGCUAUAGCAGAAGCUGUACCAGAAGGCUCUGUUUCAGAAUUAGCCAUAACGGCCUCAACUGGUGCAGAAGUGCCUCCUGUUACUGAAGCUUGCGUCAUUAAGGAAAAAUCUGCUGAAGAACCUCCGGCUCCUGUUGUUAAGAGUGAGCCAGUGCCUGAAGUGGUGGCAGGAAGCGUGGCUGAGACUUCACCACUAACCCAAAGUGAGCCUGAAUCUGCUCCCACUGCCACCACCACUGCCCUCCCUGAGAUCCCUGCUCACACUCCUUACCUCCUGAUUGGUGGGGGUACGGCAUCGUUUGCAGCAGCGAGGUCUAUUCGUGCCCGUGACCCUGGGGCUAGAGUUUUGAUCGUGACUGAAGAAGCCGACCUGCCGUACAUGAGACCUCCUCUGUCCAAAGAGCUGUGGUUCUCUGAUGACCCCGUUGUCACGGAAACGCUGCGCUUCAAACAGUGGAACGGCAAGGAGAGGAGCAUUUAUUUCCAGCCUUCUUCGUUCUAUGUGAGCCCCAGUGAGCUGGAAGCGGUAGAAAACGGGGGCGUGGCUGUGCUGACGGGCAGGAAGGUGGUGCACAUGGACGUCCGGGAGAAUAAAAUCAGGUUGAGUGAUGGUGCUGAGAUCUCGUACGACAAGUGUCUGAUUGCUACAGGUGGCAUUCCCAGGAACCUGCAGGUGAUUGAGCGAGCCAGCGAGGAGGUGAAGAACAGGACAACGCUGUUUAGGAAGAUCGAGGACUUCAGGGCGCUGGAGAAAGUUUCCCGCGAGCUGAAGUCCAUCACCAUCAUCGGGGGCGGGUUCUUGGGCAGCGAGCUCGCCUGCGCCUUGGGCAGGAGAGCUCAUGAUCUGGGCCUGGAGGUGAUCCAGAUGUUCCCAGAGAAAGGGAACAUGGGUAAAGUUCUUCCUGAGUAUCUGAGCAACUGGACCACGAACAAAGUGAAAAAAGAGGGCGUCCAGGUGUUGACGGAGGCCGUGGUCAAGAAUGUAUCCUACAAGGACGGGAAAGUGGAGAUCAAGCUGAAGGACGGGCGACUGGUGAGGACGGACCACAUUGUGGCAGCCGUGGGUUUGGAGCCCAGUGUAGAGCUGGCGAAAUCGGCCGGCCUGGAAAUCGACUCGGAUUUCGGAGGCUACCGGGUGAACGCUGAGCUGCAGGCGCGCUCCAACAUCUGGGUGGCGGGCGAUGCUGCAUGCUUCUAUGACAUUAAGCUGGGUCGGAGGCGUGUCGAGCAUCAUGACCACGCAGUGGUGAGCGGCAGACUCGCUGGAGAAAACAUGACCGGAGCUAAAAAGCCCUACUGGCACCAGUCCAUGUUCUGGAGUGACCUGGGCCCUGAUGUCGGGUAUGAAGCAAUCGGUAUUGUAGACAGCAGUCUCCCAACUGUAGGAGUGUUCGCUAAAGCUACUGCCAAGGACACACCCAAAGCAGCUACCGAGCAAUCAGGUACAGGAAUCAGGUCAGAGAGUGAGACGGAGGCGGUUGCUGGAACGCUUUCCACAUCUACAGCAGCUCCUGCCCCGCCCACACAGCAGGAGAACUAUGGGAAAGGAGUGAUCUUCUACCUGAGAGACAAGGUGGUGGUCGGCAUCGUGCUGUGGAACGUCUUUAACAGGAUGCCCAUCGCCAGGAAGAUCAUUAAAGAUGGAGAGGAGCACGCUGACCUGAACGAGGUGGCCAAGCUGUUUAAUAUUCAUGAAGAAUAAACACCUACAUGUUGUACUUCUGAAGCCUGGGAAAACACCUCUGCACAAAAUUACAAUACACUCUCACUCUCUGACACACACACACACACACACACACACUUUGACCAUGAACUCCUGUCAGACCUGUGGUUCUGCCUCCAGCCCUGCUGGUGGCACUGCGCCCACGGCUCACUAAUGAACUCAUCAGAUCAGUACUGCUCAGAGGAAACCUUCGUCGUUUAUACAGGAACAGUGUACAUGUGUUUUCUAGUAAGGUCAGUAAACGUAUAGCUGUGAGCCGUCCCUUUGUUCCCGGAGUCUGGACUGCAUGAGGUGUUGGAACCCCGGUCAGGAUCCACAACACGCUAGUUCUGCUUUACCAUGUUGAUGUAAUUUAUAGUAAUUAUAUUACCUAAGAUAGAUAUGACUUAAAGUGGAAGGUUAACAGACUGACCCUGGUAAAGGGUGAGUUCAACAGCCAGGGCAUUAGGGAUCUCGUCCACAUUUCACUGGAUAAACCAGAGCUGUUGCACCGAUUCUGACUGGGGUUUAUUUAUCACGAGACAAAGCUGCACAAGCUCCUCUGUCGUUUCUCCUGAACCAUGUGACACAGUUUGAUCUUCUGAGACUUGAUUAAAGCAAAUUAUUUUUGAACUUG